CGAAAUACAAACAUUCGGCGACUUCAACCACUGCGGCAACUACAGGCUGCUAAUACUUUAAUGUGCACCUAAAUAUGAUGUCAUCCCAAAUUUUAGUGUCUCGUCCCUAUUUUGACACGCGGGUAGCGGCGCAGAAUGGCUCGCAGCCGCCGCUCACAAACCCUGAGACCACCGUUAAAGAAAAUGUGUACGCCGGUACAUCCGCCGGUCUGGCCACGGCGGGCUACCGGAGCGCCAAAUACACCCCGGAGGAGUGGUUCGCUAAUAACUCUGCACUGUUAAACCGGGCCAUCGCGGACCGGAAUCACGCGGAGACGAUUUGCCACGAGUCCAAGGCGCUGAAAACUGAGACCGAUGCUGGGACUUUACGCACGCAGACCGCAGGCACCAAACACCUGGGAAAUCGACUGCAGGACAUCCACCGCUGGAGAUCCGAGUUGGAGCAGCUCAUCGAGCGGCUGAUCGCGGAAACAGACCUGCUGACGGCCUCCAGGCGGCGCCUGGAAAAAGCGCUGGAUGCCACCGAGGUUCCCUACGCCAUCGCCACUGAUAACCUCACCUGCAGAGAGAGACGCUUCGGACCGGAUCUGGUGGAGGACCAAGUGGAAGAAGAACUUCUUAAGGAAGUUGAGCUGAUCAGAAGCAUUCAAGCCUUACUGAAAAAAACUUUGGAUCAAACUGUCAACCAGAUAAGGCUGAACCGGGAGGUGAAGCAGACUCUUGAGACAGACUGGUCUGAUAAGCAGGAGGCCUACAGUCUGGACGACCAGUGUGGACGCUUUAACAACAGAAGCACCAACACACAGCGGCAUCCUAGCUCAGCUGUGCUGCAGGACCAGGUGUGCAAUGAAGAGGUUUGGCGCAAGUUCACUCGGGAUAACCUGCGGCUGGCGGAGAGAGAGGAGGUGGCGAGUCAGGCUUUGAGACGACUGAUUGAGCGGGUCCUGCAGGAGACGACUGAGGACCUGCGGGCGCAAUGUGCCGCUGUAGAUCGGGCCUUCAACCAGCGCUGCAUGGAACUGAGCCAAGCUAAAACACAGCUGGAGCUGCACCUGGCACAGAUUUUGGAGAAGAUCGGGGCUCAGGAGAGGAAUAUCACAUACCUGCAGCAAGCCGUUUAUGAUAAAGAGGCUCCUCUCAGAGUGGCUCAAUCUAGACUGCAUUACCGAACCUUUAGACCCAACAUGGAGCUCUGCCGAGACCAGCCUCAGCUCAGUUUGUUAGGUGAGACAUCAGAGCUCAACAGUACAGUAUCAGCGCUACAGGAGCAGCUGUAUGAGGCACGCAAAUCUUUGUCUGACCUGGAGGAAAGCAGACUGUCCCUGGAAAAAGACAUCUCUUGCAAAACAAACUCCCUCCUCAUUGACCGAGAGAAGUGCAUGACGCACCGUACACGCUACCCCUCUGUCACAGUGCUGUCUGGAUACUGACACAGUCGCCUAAUAUGCAUUUCUUAACAGGAGGUCUGGAUCCAUAAGUGUGUGUGCAUUAUCUCAGUGUUUCUUUUGAAUGCAGUGAUUAUGUUCUCUGGUUUUAAAGAAAUGUUUUUGAAAAAAAAAAAAAUGAAAAGCAAACAUUCUAGUUUUAAAUGAUACAUAAUAUACUGAAAUGGCUUAGUGUGUACUGUUUAUUUGUCAUUUACAUUGUUUUCUACAUGCUGUAUUAUGAAAUAAGUAAACUAUCCUAAGUUUUUAGGCUUACACAAAUUUACACUAAAGUGAGACCAUUAAAAAAUAAAAAUUUCUAUCCACAUUUAUUCACCCUUACAUCCUUUCAAACUUAUGUGAUUUUCUAUGCAGAAUACAUUCUGAUUCUGAAGAAUGUUUCAGUUGUUUUUGCCCUUACAAUAAAAGUCAGCAAGGUCCAAAAUAAUGCUGGAUACCAUUGACUUUUAUUCAGUUAUGACAGUGUUAAUGAUUAUUAAAAAUGUAAAUAUACAUAUAAAACUGUUAUUACUGUAUUAUUGUUAAGUCAGUCUUCAUAAGUCAUU